AUGGUGACCAAGUUCUACCAGCACAUCCUAGCUAUGGCAUUUGCUAUCAGUGAAAUCAACGAGAAUCCCAAGAUCUUGGCCAACGUCACUCUUGGGUCUCACAUUUUGGACAGCUACUAUGAUGUGAGGUUGACUUACUGUAGCACUCUGGGCCUGCUUUUCAAAUCACAGAGGUUCAUACCCAACUACAAAUGUGAAACCCAGAAAAACCUUGUAGCCAUCAUCGGAGGACUCGAUUCUGAGACCUCCUUCCACAUGGCAGACAUCUUAGGUCUUUACAAGACUCCACAGCUCUCAUAUGGUUCCUUUGCCACUGAGGAGAUGGUGAUGGCAAAGUUCCCUUUCUUUUACCGCACAGUCCCAAAUGAAUCCCAUCAGUAUAUGGGGAUUAUCCAGUUGCUUCUCCAUUUUGGAUGGACAUGGAUUGGGCUCUUAGCUGUGGAUGACGAGAGUGGAGAACGUUUCCUAAAGAACGUAGAACCAUUGCUUUCCAAAUAUGGCAUCUGUUUGGCCGUCACAUUUAGAAUCCCAAAGCAAAUCAACUGGGAAAAUACGGAUGAUCUUCUGCGUAUUUUUUCAAAUCGUCAUAAAUUCUUUAAAGAUAACAAAGUCAAUACAUUCAUCUUCUAUGGAGAUUCUAUGUCUAUUGCAUCAUUCAAUUCUAUUACAAUUUUAGCAGAUUCCAAAUUUAAGGGAAAUAUAUUAUUUAGGAAGGUGUGGAUUAUGACAGGCCAGAUUGAUUUUGCAGCAACAGGCCUUCAAAUAGCCCUUCAAAUAGAUUUCCAGUUUUUCCAGGGUGCCAUUUCCUUCACGGUCCAUUCCAAUGAGAUUCCAGGGUUCCAGAAAUUUCUCCAGAAUGUAAAGCCCUAUCAAUCACAAGGUGAUGAUUUUCUCAAGGAAUUCUGGGAGCAAGCUUUCACCUGCCCACUUCCAGAACCCCAACAACCUGUGAAUGUUGGGAAGACAUGUUCAGGGGAAGAGAGGCUAGAAGACGUCCUUGGGCAUGUUUUUGAAAUGCACACUACUGGGGAUGGCUACAGUAUCUAUAAUGCUGUCUACGCCGUGGCACAUGCAUUGCAUUCCCUGUAUGCAUCUAAAUCUAGCCACAGUUCAACGAUGGGUACUAAAACGGUUGAACUUCAAGAUCUCCAUCCUUGGCAGCUCCACCCAUUUCUUCAAGGUCUUUCAUUUAACAAUUCAGCUGGAGAAAUGAUAUCAUUCAAUGAUAACAAGGAAAUGGAAGGCGGAUUUGACCUCAUAAACCUGGUUAUGUUCCCAAACAAUUCUUUCCUCAAAGUGAGAGUUGGAAGGGUGGAUCCCAGUGCUUCUAAAGGAGAAAACUUCAGCAUCCAUGAGGAGAUGAUUGUGUGGCAAUCCCGUUUUGACCAGAUGGUGCCCCUCUCUGUAUGCAACAGCCCCUGUUACCCUGGAAAUUUGAAGAAAAAGAAAGAAGGGAAUAAAUUUUGCUGCUACGAUUGUGAGGAAUGUCCAGAAGGCAAGAUUUCAGACAAGAAGGACAUGGAUGAUUGCUUCAAAUGCCCAGAAGAUCAAUAUCCAAAUAAGGACCAUGAUCAAUGUAUUCCCAAGAAAAUAAGCUAUCUGUCAUAUCAAGACCCCAUAGGGAUCGCCUUGGCUUCAAUGGCUCUUUCUUCAUCUUUGAUGACUGCUUUGGUGUUAGGAGUUUUCAUUAAGCACAGUGAUACCCCCAUAGUCAAAGCAAACAACCGGGAUAUCACCUACACACUCCUGGUCUCCCUCCUACUCUGCUUCCUUUCAUCUUUACUAUUUCUCGGGCAGCCUAGCAAGGUUACUUGCUUUCUUCGACAAUCUGCUUUUGGCAUUAUCUUCUCAGUGGCUGUUUCUUGUGUCUUGGCUAAAACCAUCACAGUGUAUAUAGCUUUCAUGGCCACCAAACCAGGGCCUAGCAUGAGGAAGUGGGUGGGGGAAAGUCUGACCAACUCCAUUGUCCUUUCCUGUUCCCUUCUUCAAGGCGCCAUUUGUACAAUGUGGAUAGUCAAAUCUCCCCCAUUCCCAGCUAUGAAUAAAGAAUCAGUGGCGGGACAGAUUGUACUAGAAUGCAAUGAAGGCUUUGUUGUGAUGUUUUAUAUUGUACUGGGCUACAUGGGACUUCUCUCCCUCAUCAGCUUGACCAUGGCCUUCCUAGCCAGGAAACUGCCAGAUAGUUUCAACGAAGCCAAGUUCAUAACCUUCAGCAUGCUGAUCUUUUGUAGUGUUUGGUUGUCCUUUGUUCCAACCUACCUGAGCACCAAAGGGAAAUACAUGGUGGCCGUGGAGAUCUUCUCUAUCUUGGCAUCCAGUGCUGGGUUACUGGCUUGUAUUUUUUCACCCAAAUGCUUCAUCAUUCUUCUGCGGCCUGAGCUGAACAACAGAGAGCAACUAAUGUGGAAGAAAACAUCAAGAAUCUGA